AUGUGUCUCAAUUGCUUCCGUUUUGGACACAUUGCCAAACAUUGUAAGUCUAAACCGAGAUGCAAACAAUGUGGUAGCACAACUCCUCACGACGACUCAAGCUUGUGUACACACGCUUCCGGUCCUCCAAAAUGCGUGAAUUGUAAUGGUUCACACAGAAAUUCCUCGAAACAAUGCCCGGAAUACAUUUUUCAAAAAGAAAUUCGGUAUUAUGCGACGACCCACAAAACGUCCUUUGAAGAGGCAAAAGAAAUCAUUAGACCAAGGAAAAGCUCAAAUCUCUCCAACACCUUCAACUUUUCCAACUUUCCCGAUCUAGGAGAUUGCCCAACAACACCUGCUUCAAUCUUACUUGAUGAUUCCAGCUCGAACAGACGUUCAUUCGCUCACGCGACCUCCCAUAAAACGCAUGCACAAUUUACAUUAUCAAAAGAUAACAAACACUCCAAAAAUACGAAAAACAUAGCGUCAUCAUUCUUUGCGACCAACUUUAACAACAGCAGAUCACAAAACCUUUUACCAAAUGGUUUUGCUUUGGCCAAUUCUGCACUUGACUCUUCAUCUACACAACACAGUACCUCACCUUCCCUUUCUCUAGAAUCCGACACAUCUUUCUCCUUUGCCUCAUUCAUCUCCUGGUUAAAUAACCAUGUUACCAACAUCUCCUCCAACUGCACCCCUGACACUGUUAAACAAAACAAAGCACUCCUCAUAACUGUCACAGAAAAUCUUCUUCUUCUACUAAACUCCACAACCAAGAAUAACAACAAUGGCCAAUCUCCCUAA